CUGUCAAGCGAAACAACUUUGCCAGUUGAUCUCAAUCAUAGUCUCAAACUGGUACUGUGAUUUCUCUUCAUUUUCUGUCCUGAGAAGGAAUUGAGAGGAGGAGGAAGGAAUGGCAGUUUCUCAGUGCUCAGUGACCUAUGAAGAUAUAACUGUGGUAUUCACUCAAGAGGAGUGGACACUAUUAAAUCCUUCAGAGAAGAAACUCUACAGAGAUGUGUUGUGGGAAAACCAUAGGAAUUUUCUCUCAAUAGGAAAAUUACUAGAGGAACAUUCCACCAAUAAGCAGCAGCAUAACCACCAAGGAAGUAAACAAAGAAACAUCGUCAGUUAUCUUCAGCUACAUGAAAGAACUCACAAUGGAGAGAAAGCCUAUGAAUGUAGACAAUGUAGUAAAGCAUUCAGUUCAGCCAGUCAUCUUAUGGUACAUGAAAGAAGUUACAGUGGAGAGAAACCCUAUGAAUGGAAACAAUGUAGGAAAAUAUUCACUGGGGCCAGUGAUCUUAGUGUAUAUGAUAGAACUCACAGUGGAGAGAAACCCUAUGAAUGUAGACAAUGUAGUAAAGCAUUCAGUCAGGCCAGUCAUCUUCAGAGACAUAAAGGAGCUCAUAGUGGAGAGAAACCCUAUGAAUGUAAACAAUGUAGGAAAACAUUCAGUUGGCCCAGUCAUCUUAAGUUACAUGAAAGAAGUCACAGUGGAGAGAAACCCUAUAAAUGUAAACAAUGUAGGAAAACAUUCAGUCAGGCCAGAUAUCUUAGGGUACAUGAAAGAACUCACAGUGGAGAGAAACCCUAUGAAUGUAGACAAUGUAGUAAAGCAUUCAGUCAGGCCCGUCAUCUUCAGAGACAUGAAGGAGCUCAUAGUGGAGAGAAACCCUAUGAAUGUAAACAAUGUAGGAAAACAUUCAGUUGGCCCAGUCAUCUUAAGGUACAUGAAAGAAGUCACAGUGGAGAGAAACCCUAUGAAUGUAAACAAUGUAGGAAAGCAUUCAGUCAGGCCAGUUAUCUUAGGGUUCAUGAAAGAACUCACAGUGGAGAGAAACCCUAUGAAUGUAGACAAUGUAGUAAAGCAUUCAGUCAGUCCAGUUAUCUUAGGGUACAUGAAAGAAUUCACAGUGGAGAGAAACCCUAUGAAUGUAAACAGUGUAGUAAAGCAUUCUAUCAGGCUUGUCAUCUUAAGGUACAUGAAAGAAAUCACAGUGGAGAGAAACCCUAUGAAUGUAAACAAUGUAGGAAAACAUUCAGUAGGGCCAGUCAUCUUAAGGUACAUGAAAGAACUCACAGUGGAGAGAAACCCUAUGAAUGUAAACAAUGUAGUAAAUCAUUCAGUAGGGCCUGUCAUCUUAAGGUACAUGAAAUAAAUCACAGUGGAGAGAAACCCUAUGAAUGUAAACAAUGUAGUAAAGCAUUCAGUUUGGCCAGUUAUCUUAGGAUACAUGAAAGAAUUCACAGUGGAGAGAAACCCUAUGAAUGUAAACAAUGUAGUAAAGCAUUCAUAUUGGCCAGUUAUCUUAGGGUACAUGAAAGAAGUCACAGUGGAGAGAAACCCUAUGAAUGUAAACAAUGUAGGAAAACAUUCAGUAGGGCCAGUCAUCUUAAGGUACAUGAAAGAACUCACAGUGGAGAGAAACCUUAUGAAUGUAAACAAUGUAGUAAAUCAUUCAGUAGGGCAUGUCAUCUUAAGGUACAUGAAAUAAAUCACAGUGGAGAGAAACCCUAUGAAUGUAAACAAUGUAGUAAAGCAUUCAGUAGGGCCAGUUAUCUUAGGGUACAUGAAAGAACUCACAGUGGAGAGAAACCCUAUGAAUGUAGACAAUGUAGUAAAGCAUUCCCCCGGGCCCGUAAUCUUCAGAGACAUGAAAGAACUCACAGUGGGAGAAACCUUAUGAAUGUAAACAAUGUAGGAAAACUUUCAGUCGGGUCAGUCAUCUAAGGGUACAUGAAAGAAGUCACAGUGGAGAGAAACCCUAUGAAUGUAAACAAUGUAGGAAAACAUUCAGCCAGUCAGUC